AUGUCAACGUCUGAUUCUCUACACAGCGUUCAUGCUUUUCUCUGCACUCCCAUCGUCAAUGAACUACUGACGACACAUCCAAACUGGCUUUGUCAAAAUACUGAAUCGCAUACGCUCUCAUCAGAGAUAUCAUCUUGGUGGGAAUGGGCUGGCGAGCGUCCCCACGGAUAUUCUACAGCAAACGGUCCGCAGGUGCUUCCGCCGGUCGGCGAACACAAAUGGCUCCUAUUGCUGCGCUACUACACUCAUCCUUACUGCGACGACCUAAGCGACUUGUAUUCAUCUAUACCGGCCGAUCUCAGAGAGCUCCUGGACACCGCCCGUCGUCUGCAGUUGUCACGCGAGCCUGGCCCCGCACGCUUCCUCGCGUCAUCAUGCCCACGAAAUGCAACGCGAGAAGCCGUCUAUCAAUCUGUGGAUUACGAAACCUUUGGAAUCGAGGCCGCCAAUUAUGACCGCAUUGUCGGCAUGUCGCCCAAGAAGGCGCACGAAGUCCUCCGCAUGACAGCAUACACAUCGUGGCUUCUCGGUUCUUCGCCGAGGUUAAGGACAAUCAGGCAUGUUGUCGAUGUUGGUGCGGGUCAAGCAUAUCUGUCACGAAGCUUGCGGGAUAAAAUUGGUCUGAACGUUCUUGCACUUGACUGGAGCGACGUACAAUCCCAAGGUGCCGUGCGACGGGAGGCCGUUGGCAAGAAGAGACGCAAGAAAGAGAUCCCUACUCCAGCUGAAGAUGAGUCCUCGAUCCCGCAAGCGAAUGACAGCAAUACCCCGCCAGUAAAACAGCAAUUAGGCGCGUUGACGUACAUGACCCUCAGAAUCACGACCGACACACUUUUGUCCUCUGUUGACGAGUGGUUCCAUCGAGGGGAUGAGAUAACGACACCAGAGAAGCAUGAAAAUCUGUAUGCGGAUGGAGAACCGACGCCAGCACUAUUCGUGGCACUGCAUGCAUGCGGAUCUCUUACGCCGAACAUUCUGCGUGCAUUCCUGGCACGUCUGAAAUCUAGCGACGGGGAUCAGAAGUGGUCUCCACAAGCGGCCAUUGUGGUCGGUUGCUGUUACAAUCUGCUCGAAGCCUCAGAUUUCCCGCUCUCCCAUGAACUCACGCAUCCUACCUCAGAGCUACCUCCUGCCUAUCUGACCAACAACCACCUCCAGCUCGCCGCACAAGCUCCCUCGCAAUGGAUGCGAUCUGAGGUAGCAUCCGCUGCGACACGUCUCGCGAUCCGCAAAGUUGUGUGGCGGGCCCUCCUUGCAGGUAUCCUUGUGCAGGUGCCGAUUCCGCUUGCCGAUAACAACAAGCAAGCCGACGACGACGACUACUGCCCAUUACACCUUCGCCGCCUCGGCAAGCUGAACGACUCGGUGUACGACAAUUGGGACGCGUUUCUCGCACGGGCCGGGGAGAAGCUAGGUGUAGACCUGAUGCAGGGGCACCCGAGGGAUCGGGAAACGGAGAGCCGUCUUGAAGUCAUGCAUGUGUUGAGGUGUAUAUUGGGACCGGUCGUGGAGAGCUUUAUCCUGCUCGACCGGUUGCAGUGGCUGAAGGAGGAGUUACGGGGUACGGGGAUGGACGUCGAAUUGGUUAAUUUGUUUGAUCAGGCAUCGGGAAGUGGCAGGAAUGUCGCUAUUGUCAUCUCCCCUCAGCUGCACGAAACAUAUGUCCAAUGA